CUCUUUAAAUCGACAGGAAGUGCGAGUUGAGUUCCAGCUUCAGAUUAUAGUGUUGUUCGCUGCGGUGGCCGUUACAUGGGUUUUUCGACGUCAGGGUGUAAAGGUCUUUAAGAAAAUUAUCACAUGCUGUUACUGUCCACUCGUCUGUGAGCAGAGCGUGUUAUCUGUGGAUGUUAGUAUGAAUGGUAAGGUCGGGAAUGGAGCAGCGGGCGGUGUGCUGGCCUGUAUCGAGGGUCUUCCGCCGCUGCCCAAGAGCCUGAGCGGACUGCUCAACUCCAGCGGCGGCUCGUGGAGAGAGAUGGAGAGGAUGUACGUGAAGAAGACCAUGAUUCAGGACGACUUGAGCCGAGGAAGGAAUAACACGGACAGUGUGCUGGCCAAUAAACCAGCAAACCUGGAUGCCGCCCUUGCUUUGCUCAGAAAAGAGAUGGUUGGUCUGCGGCAGCAGGACAUGUCCCUGCUCUGUCAGCUCUGGUCCCUUCACGAGUCCAUCCAGGAGUACAAGGGCAGCUGCCAGGACCUCUCCGCUGUGUCCAGCGCGGAUGGACCCUACGGGAUGGAGAACGGUUAUUUCGACGAAGAUGAGGAAUAUUAUACUGAAUCCGGUAUGACGCCAGCCGAGACGCCCGAUGGAAAUGACACCUCUCCUAAAAACGGGACAACCAAAGAAGGCUGGAUACAUGACUCGUUCCAUAUCACAAUCUAAAACACUUGACUUUUAUUCUGUAAUAAAUACAAGCUGUGCCAUUAUUUAGUUUGCUGGCAUUGUUUAGUUUUACAGCAGACUCUUUCUACAGGACAUAUAACUGAGAAUUAUUAUUUAUUGUAUGAUAUUAUAUAUAGUAUUAUUUUUCUUCUGAUUUAAUCACCAUUGGAAGUUUUAUAGGAUCUUUUUAAUAAGGGGCGAAGCAUAUCAUUUCAUAAUAAGGUUUACAGUAAAUCAUGUUAAACUUGUAUUGAUGGAUUUCUAGACUUUAGUUUGAUGCUUCACCCCUCUGAAUAUCGAAAAGUCUUAUUUCUUGUUGAGCAGUCGCUCGCUGGGUGCUUGCAGAAGACGGGGAUUUGUUUUUUUAUCGAAAAUAUGAAUUCUGAACAUGCUGGAAAUGCUAUGUAUUCUUUGCUGAACUGUAAUCCAGGGUCUAACCAGCACAAAGAUCUUGUGACAGCAUCACCAAAACAAAACGCAAUGUCCCAGUUUGCUCUUUGCAUUAUGUAUUGUGUAACUCCUUAGGAACAUAUAGUAAAUUGAUAACCAGCUCCAGAACAUUUCAAUAGUAUUUCCUUCUCACCUUGUGUAAACCUAUCAUAGAUGGUGUAUUGUAGAUGUUUUAUUUAUUUCCUCAUCAUUGCUGCUUGGAUUCAGUCUUCCGUUGUGCUUGAACUUCCUCUCUGUGCAUAUCAUGGGAGUGUCAUCCUGUCUUUUUUUUUUUUUUUUUUUUUUUGCUCAAAUGACUUGCAUAAGGUCACCUGUAUUCAUAAUGUGAGAUAAUAAACUUUGUUUUGGCAAAUACAAUGCCCAUUAAAUACACCACAAAGAUUCAGUGUGUGCAUAUCAUAGCAUGCCAAAAUGUAAGCAUUUUACCUCUACAAGAACACUAAUGUUAGCCGAGAGAUAAUGUCUUCUACCUCUAAUGUGUUUGAGCUCUGAGAUCUUUUUUUUUUUGUCACACCAGCAGACACAAACAAGUAGCUAUUAUUAAUAGCCAGCAUUUACACAAAUCCUGAUUCAAUUUGAACACACUCUUACUAUAUAUUAAACAUUCUGAUGUAUGAAAAAUGUUUAUGUAACCAGCAAGGCUUUAGGUGCUUUGAGUAAAAUCAGCACUGGACUUUACACAUCGUGCCUUGACGCACCUUGGCUUUGAAUCCAGGUGUUUCUGCCAUCUCUGCUAUCAUACAGUUUCAUAUCUACAUCCAGCAUCUUCAUGCAUCCAUUUCAGUCCCUCUCAUUAACAGAAUGUAAAUGUCUGCUCACCACCGUCUCAUUAUCUUCUACCCUGCAGUGAUUUAUUGCUGUGAUCCUGCUUGGAAAUUCCCACUCGGUUUGUUUUGUAAUUUGCAUAGAAGUCAGUAAAAGUGGUUUCUGGCCUGUUUGCUCUCCGUGGUUGGUUGUGAAGUGAUUUCUGCAGUUGCUGCGGUUCUGCGUACGAAGAUCUGGUUAGAUGGCGUUUGUGUUUUUGUUUUUGAAUGCUUUUCCAUUUUUUUAAAAUGUAUUUAAAUGCAAAACAUUGCAUAUGUGAGGUUUGAACUGAUCAUUGAUACAGGAAUGAUCCUUUUGUAUGUUCUAUUGUGUGUGUUAGCGAUAUAAAAUAAAUGCAAUAAUGUAUGGUC